GUCUUCAUCCUCGGUGUCAACUUCCCUGAGCGGAACCUGCUCAAGAAAUCCCUCGAGACCUUCUUCGGAGUCGGCAACCACACCUCCUCCCGCCUCCUGGCCCGCUUCAACAUCCACCCGACCUGCCGCGUCGGCGAGCUCGCCAACAAGCAGGUCCUCGAUUUGACCGCCGUGCUGUCGGAUAUGAAGAUUGAGAACGACCUGCGACGAGAGGUCUUGAAUGACAUCAAGCGCCUGAAGGAGACCGGUACCUACCGUGGUCGUCGCCAUGCACUGGGUCUGCCCGUUCGAGGACAGCGCACAAGGACUCAGAUCAAAACCCCCGUCAAGCUCAACCGGAUGGAGCGCCGGCUAUAA